GAAAGUAUCAACAUCCUAUGUUAAUAAUGGAAUUGAAGAUGUUGAAAAUAAUAAUGCAAUAUGACAAUAGAGCAGUUUACUCAAGGAAUUGAGACGCAUGGAUUCACUUAUUUCACACGUUGGAAAGUAUCAACAUCCUACAUUAAUGGACUGGAGGAGGUCGAGAAUAUUGCAGAAGUGCAUCAAAAAGAUGGUGUCAUGAAACCCUGACCAUUACAUAAAAUGGCAGUACGGCAGUUCACUUAAGGAAUUCUGACGCAUGGAUUCACUUAUCUCACACGUGGGAAAGUAUCAACAUCCUAUGUUGCAAAUGGACUAGAAGAUGCUGAGAAUAAUACAUGUUAUAUGCAAUAUGGAUGUACGGCAGUUCACUUUAGGAAUUCUGAUGCAUGGAUUCACUUAUUUCACACGUGGGAAAGUAUCAACAUCCUAUGUUGCAAAUGGACUAGAAGAUGCUGAGAAUAAUACAUGUUAUAUGCAAUAUGGCACUACGGCAGAUCACACAAGGCAUGCUGAGCAUGGAUUCACAUUUCUCACACGUGGGAAAGUAUCAACAUCCUAUGUUAAUAAUGGACUUGAAGAUGUUGAAAAUAAUAAUGCAAUGUAUGUGUAUUGGUUAUUGAAUGUAAUUAGUACUAAAUUAAUAGUAGUGUAAAAAUUGAGAUUUGUUAAAAAUGUGAAUAAAAAUUUUGUAAACACCUUUAGUUUGUUAUUAUUACUGUUAAAGAUUCCUUUAGCUAUAAAAUUAUCUUUAUUUUUACUACUUGUGUAUACGAUAAACAAGACGGAAUUCACAAAUUCAUAUUUUAAGUUGUAUAUAAAACACUCUAAUAUUAAGUUAAUGUUUAAAAAAGUUGUCCAAAUGAUGAAAUAAAUGAUUGUAUUAUACCAUUAUUAAAAUCGUCACCCGUUUCAUUUAACCUCAUGCUU